UCCAAAAUAAACUCAUCAAAAUAUGAUCUGAGUUCAUUAAUGGCUCCAAAAAGAGUUAUGCUUGCAGUGUUCUUUGUCAUCUACUCUUUAAAAUUCUUCCCAGCAAAAUCAGAAACUUGGGUUAAAGGUGGUUACUGGUAUUCACGCAGCGCGCUCCCGGGUUUACGCAUAAAUUCUGCUCUGUAUACACACCUUCAUUGUGCUUUUGCUGAUGUAAAUUCAACCUCUUAUGAACUCUAUUUAUCAGAGUCUGAUGAGAAAAAGUUCUCCAGUUUCACAGAUACUGUGAAACAGAAGAACCCAUCAGUCGUGACUCUUCUAUCAAUUGGGGGUGGAGAUGCAAACUAUUCAACUUUUUCUUCAAUGAUGAGUAAUUCAUCUUUCAGAAAAUCUUUCAUUGAUUCUUCAAUAAGAACGGCCAGGCUUUAUGGCUUCCAGGGCCUGGAACUUGGUUGGGCUUCCGCAAAAUCUAGCUCUGAUGAUAUGUACAACAUGGGAGUUCUCUUUGAAGAGUGGCGAGCCACUAUCAAGUUGGAGACAGGAAACUCUAGCCAUGCACAACUUAUAUUGACUGCAGCUGUUCGCUUUCAACCAGGUUUAGAUUCAAGAAGCUUCCCUGUAGAAGCGAUGGAACGGUACUUGGAUUGGGUUACUGUUCAGGCUUUUGACUACUACACGCCUCAGCGGUAUAAUUUCACUUCCGCUCACGCUGCUUUGUAUGAUCCAACUAGUAAUGUUAGUACUGAUUAUGGUAUAAGCGCUUGGAUUAGCAGAGGACUUUCUGCUAAUAAGAUGGUUUUGGGUUUGCCUUUCUAUGGUUACGCGUGGACGCUUGCAAACCCCGCGGAAAAUGGUAUUGGUGCCCCAGCAACUGGACCAGCCCUUAGAACAGGUGGAGCCAUAAGCUAUAAGGAAAUCAGGGAUUAUGUUCUGGAAUAUGGGGCUAAUGUUAAGUACAACGCAACUCAUGUGGUGAACUACUGCACCGUCGGGUCAACUUGGAUUUCUCAAGAGGGUAAUAACGAUGGAAGAAAUAAGCGGCCGUUAUCAGCAAUUGUGCUGUCUACAAGUGCAGCUGCUAUUCUCCUUUUGGGCUGCUUUUUGAUAUAUUACUUCUGGAUAAGGAAGCUCAAAUCACAAGCUAAUGAAGGAUCAAAGAAGAGAAUAAAUGACCCAUCUGCAGCUGGGGAUUUUAACAGCAAUGCUCCUAAUCUGAUAACUUAUAAUUUUUAUGACAUUGAAGCCGCUACAGACAGAUUUUCUUUUGAAAAUAAGCUUGGGCAAGGAGGAUAUGGUCCUGUUUACAAGGCUUUGCUACCCAAUGGACAGGAAGUAGCAGUGAAGAAACUUUCAAAAACAUCCACACAAGGAUAUGAGGAGUUCAGGAAUGAGGUUAUGCUUACAGCAAAGCUCCAACAUGUAAAUCUUGUUCGACUUUUGGGAUUUUGUACUGACAGAGAAGAACAGAUGUUGAUCUACGAGUACAUGCCAAACAAAAGCUUGGACUACUACCUCUUUGAUCCUAUUAGACGAUGUAUUUUGGAUUGGAGAAAACGUGUACAUAUCAUUGAAGGGAUUACUCAAGGGCUUCUAUAUCUUCAAGAAUACUCAAGAUUGACUAUCAUUCAUAGGGACUUGAAAGCUAGUAAUAUUUUAUUAGAUGAAGAUAUGAAGCCUAAAAUAUCAGAUUUUGGUAUGGCUAGAAUAUUUGCAAAAGAUGAACUUGAAGUAAACACUGAACGAGUUGUUGGAACCUAUGGGUACAUUCCUCCUGAAUAUGUUAAAAGAGGCAUAUAUUCUACGAAAUCCGAUGUGUACAGUUUCGAGGUUCUACUUCUACAAAUUAUAAGUGGAAACAGGGUUUCUUUAUUCUAUGGCCUCGAAGAAAACUUAAGCCUACUAGAUUAUGCAUAUGAGCUCUGGAAAGAUGGCAAAGGCACAGACUUUAUGGAUCCAUCACUAGAUGAUAUGAAUUCCUCUUGUAAAUUAAUAAAGUGCUUGCAAAUAGCUUUGUUAUGUGUCCAAGAAAACCCAAAUGACAGACCAUCCAUGUUGGAAGUUUUUUCUAUGCUUAAAAAUGAAACCUUCGAGGUAAUGAGCCCGAAGAAGCCGGCUUUCUCAAUACAAGCUGAUGGAGACAAAGAAACUAUAUUCACAUUCAAUGAUACAACCAUUUCAGAAGUUUCAGGUAGAUGA